GCUGAAUGGAGGGUGAUGAGGACACUCCGGGAAAUCACUCCGAGAAGCAUUUCUAACUGGGCGCCAUCAGCAGGAUCUGGCACCAUUAACCCUGCCUUCUCAUCAGACAGUGGAGCGUACUGGUGUGAAGAUGGAGACGGACUGAGAAGCAGUGCUCUCAACAUCUCUGUCACUGCUGGUUCUGUGAUCCUGGAGAGUCCUGUUCUGCCGGUGAAGGAGGGAGUCGAUGUGACAAUGUACUGCAAAAAGAAUAAAAGUCCUGGUGACCUCAUAGCUGAUUUCUAUAAAGAUGGCGUCCGCAUCAGGACCAGCUAUAAAGGAAACUUGAUCAUCUACAACGUUUCCACAUCAGAUGAAGGACUCUACAAGUGUCACAACUCUGGAUCUGGAGAAUCAGCAGAGAGCCUGCUGUCUGUUAGAGAACGUCAUGAAGAAGAGACUCCUUCUCCUCCUCCACCUAAGUUCCCCACCGUGCUGUGGAUCGUUGUCCCUGUUUUGCUGGUGGCCCUGCUGCUUUUUGUGUUUGUUUGUGGAGUACUACACUGCAAAAAACACAAAGUAUCAAGAGGUGAAAGUUUAGUUGAUCCAAACAAUGCAACAUAUGCUGUUGUCAAAAAACCAAGAAGGGGAACAGUCUUGGGUGGUGAUGAUGUGGUUGAUUCACACCAAGCGACAUAUGCUGAUAUCCAAAAACCGAGGAAGGAGAAAGUCACAGGCGGUGGUGAUUUGGUGGAUCCUCAUCAUGUGACAUAUGCGAUGGUGAAAAGGAAGGAGAAAGAACCCAAAAUUUCUAAAGCAUCUACCAAGCCACGUCUACCAGAAGAGAGCACUGUCUAUUCUGCAAUAAACAUUGCUGUUGGGAGAGCAGACACACCUGACUGAAGGAAAGAGGAAGUUCACACGCAGCGAUG